UCUCCCCCUCCUGGCACGCCAUCUCCGCCUCUGCGCUUGCCUGGAGCUUCCGGUCCGCCCCGCCCCGGCUACCCCAGGACGCCUUUCCCGACGACAGCCCGACCCACGGUGUCUCUCACCCCGGGACCCCCGCCCUGUCUCUUCUCCCCAUUCGGAGAAGUUUCCUGUCGCAGUCCGGCAAGAACGUCGGAAGCGGUUUCCCCAGGGAACUGCGGUCCAAAGAGGCCCCCUGGUGUUUUUGGAACUUUCCGGGAUCCCCGGACGCCGGCGCACCGCCCCCCGCCCCCGACCAGUUCCAACACACGGAACAGCCAGUCUAGAGUGAGCGCGCCUCCUGGAGCCCAAGGAGCGAAGGCUCGGACCGGGGAAGAAGAGGCGGGAAGGAUAAAAGAUUGCUGGGACAACCAGGAAGCACCUGCGCUCUCCACAUGUAGCAAUGCCAAUAUCUUUCGAAGGAUAAAUGCCAUAUUGGAUAAUUCUCUGGAUUUCAGUAGAGUCUGCACUACACCCAUAAAUCGAGGAAUUCAUGACCAUUUGCCAGACUUCCAGGACUCUGAAGAAACAGUUACAAGCAGGAUGCUUUUCCCCACCUCUGCGCAAGAUUCUUCCCGUGGCCUCCCAGAUGCAAAUGACUUGUGCCUUGGCCUGCAGUCCCUCAGUCUCACAGGCUGGGACCGACCCUGGAGCACCCAGGACUCAGAUUCCUCAGCCCAGAGCAGCACACACUCGGUACUGAGCAUGCUCCACAACCCACUGGGCAAUGUCCUGGGGAAGCCUCCCUUGAGCUUCCUGCCUCUGGACCCCCUUGGAUCUGACUUGGUGGACAAGUUUCCAGCACCCUCAGUUAGAGGAUCCCGCCUGGACACCCGGCCCAUCUUGGACUCCCGUUCUAGCAGCCCCUCUGACUCAGACACCAGUGGCUUCAGCUCUGGAUCAGAUCAUCUCUCAGAUUUGAUUUCAAGCCUCCGCAUUUCCCCUCCCCUGCCCUUUUUGUCUCUUACUGGGGGUGGUCCCAGAGACCCUUUAAAGAUGGGAGUUGGGUCCCGGAUGGACCAAGAGCAAGCUGCUCUGGCUGCAGUCACUCCCUCCCCAACCAGUGCAUCAAAGAGAUGGCCAGGAGCUUCUGUGUGGCCAUCCUGGGACCUCCUCGAAGCUCCUAAAGACCCCUUCAGCAUAGAGAGAGAAGCCAGGCUGCACAGGCAAGCUGCAGCUGUGAAUGAAGCCACCUGUACCUGGAGUGGCCAGCUUCCUCCCCGGAACUACAAGAACCCCAUCUACUCUUGCAAGGUGUUCCUAGGAGGUGUUCCUUGGGAUAUUACGGAAGCUGGAUUGGUUAACACCUUCCGUGUUUUUGGCUCUUUGAGUGUGGAGUGGCCUGGUAAGGAUGGCAAGCACCCCCGGUGUCCUCCCAAAGGGUAUGUAUAUCUGGUCUUCGAACUAGAGAAGUCUGUCCGGGCCUUGCUUCAGGCUUGCUCCCAUGACCCACUGAGCCCAGAUGGCCUGAGUGAAUAUUACUUCAAGAUGUCCAGCCGGAGGAUGCGCUGCAAGGAGGUACAAGUGAUCCCCUGGGUCUUGGCCGACAGCAACUUUGUUCGGAGCCCAUCUCAGAGACUUGAUCCCAGUAGGACGGUGUUUGUUGGUGCUCUGCAUGGGAUGCUCAAUGCUGAGGCCCUGGCAGCCAUUCUGAACGACCUAUUUGGUGGCGUGGUGUAUGCUGGGAUUGACACAGAUAAGCACAAGUAUCCCAUUGGGUCUGGUCGUGUGACUUUCAAUAACCAACGUAGCUACCUGAAAGCAGUCAGUGCUGCUUUUGUGGAGAUAAAAACCACCAAGUUCACCAAGAAGGUUCAGAUUGACCCUUACCUGGAAGACUCUCUGUGUCAUAUCUGCAGUUCUCAGCCUGGUCCUUUCUUCUGCCGAGAUCAGGUGUGCUUCAAGUACUUCUGCCGGAGCUGCUGGCACUGGCGGCACAGCAUGGAGGGCCUGCGCCACCACAGCCCCCUGAUGCGGAACCAGAAGAACCGAGAUUCCAGCUAGAGGAGCUGGCCUUGCCCAGUGGCCUGUGACGCCGAAGGCAGGCAGGUCAGGCAGCAGCCUGUACCAUCCUGCCGCUGGCGACCAGGGAGCUGGCUUCCCGAGGACAAGGGAAAAUCGUAGUCACCUUUGCACUUGCUGAAUCUGUCUUUGUUUCUGCACUAAUUAAUGCACAAUGAGUUUUGUCGGGUUUUGUUUUCAGGGGGUGCGCCAGGGCAAGGACCCUCUGGCUCACCCUCCAAGCGACUCUGUAGUUUUCCCAGAUUUUAGUUUCUCAUUUUGCCGAUGAAAAGCAAAAAAGAAAUACGUGUCCAGAAGGUAAUGACACGAUGCCUACAUCUAGGUUUAUUUAUUAAAAGCGCUUUUUUACAUUCCUUGCAAUACUGAUGGUGAUGAUGCGCAGGUCUCAUUGGUUUCAUUCUUGCAGUUGCCAUACAGUGCCUUUCCAUUUAUUUAACCCCCACCUGAACGGCAUAAACUGAGUGUUCAGCUGGUGUUUUUUACUGUAAACAACAAGGAGACUUUGCUCUUCAUUUAAACCAAAAUCAUAUUUCAUAUUUUACGCUCGAGGGUUUUUACCGGUUCCUUUUUACACUCCUUAAAACAGUUUUUAAGUCGUUUGGAACAAGAGAUUUUUUUUUUUUUCUUUCCUGGCAGCUUUUAACAUUAUAGCAAAUUUGUGUCUGGGGGACUGCUGGUCACUGUUUCUCACAGUUGCAAAUCAAGGCAUUUGCAAACAAGAAAAAAAAUUUUUUUGGAUUUGAAACUGGACCGGAUAAACGAUGUUUGAACGGCUGCUGUAUAUAGUUUUAAAUGGUUUAUUGCACCUUCUUAAGUUGCACUUAUGUGGGGGGGAGGGUUGAUAGAAGUUUUUAAUCACAAAGUCACAGGACUUUUUUCUUUUGUAACUGAGCUAAAAAGGGCUGCUUUUUGGUGGGGGCAGAUGAAGGCUCACAGGAGCCCUUUCUCUCAGAGGGGACAAGUACCCUUCCCUUAAUUCUUUCAUUUGAGAAAUGUGUGAAGCAACAGUUUCAGUUUCAGUUUCAGUUGACUGAGAUGCUACUGGAAUUUGAAAACUUGACUUUUCCUUUCUUUCUUUCUUUUUUUUUUUUUUUUUAAAAAACAAAACAAAACUACUUGCCCCUCUUUGGGAAGCUGUGUGCCAAAGAACCAGUGUCAUAACCCCCCCCCCCCCCCCGCUGAGCUGACGUUGCAUUGUUGCAUAUCCCAGCUACUCUGUGGGUUUUGUGAAGCUGUGUGUGAAGUCUCUACCUCAUUGUAGUAUAUGCAGGCAAGACUGCACUCUCCUACAGAUGUGUGGAGUAAGCUGUGGUGUAGUUUUUUUUGGCACAUAAUAAACACGUUGCAGCAGA